AUGGACACAAGUUAUAUUCUCCUCUUUGCUCAACUUUCACUUUUCAUUCUGCUUCUUAACCAUACUUCACUUGCUAAUAUUAGCCCUGAUGGAGUUGCUCUUCUUGCACUUAAAUCACACAUUUCUUCUCAUACUAACAACAUCUUAGCAAGCAACUGGUCUUCUUCAACCCCGGUUUGCAGCUGGAUUGGAAUCACUUGCAGCUCCCGCCACCAUCGAGUCACUGCUUUAGACAUUUCUAGCAUGCAACUUCAUGGUACCAUUCCUCCACACCUUGGAAACCUCUCAUUUCUUGUUUCCCUCAACAUCAGUAUUAACGCUUUUCAUGGAGAUUUGCCACAAGAGUUGGCUCGUUUGCAGAGGUUGAAAGUGAUUGAUGUCGCAAGCAAUAACUUCACCGGAGCCAUUCCAUCAUUUUUAAGUUUGUUACCGAAUCUAUGCUUUGUGUACCUAUCGAGCAACCAAUUUUCGGGGAGAAUUCCAACUUCCCUUUCCAAUCUAACAAAGCUGAAAGAGUUGAAAUUGCGGAGAAAUCUUUUAGAGGGAGAGAUCCCUCAAGAAAUCAGUAAUCUUCGUAACUUGACUAUCCUAGAUCUGCAAUAUAAUCACCUUAGUGGCUCUAUACCAUCAUCAAUCUUUAACAUUACCACAAUGCAAAUCAUUGUUCUUAACGAUAACAAUCUUACUGGAAAGCUUCCAAUAACUCUAUGCGACCAUCUUCCAUACUUGAAUGGGCUUCACCUCUCAAAAAACUCCCUAGGUGGAGUUAUUCCACCAAACCUGGAGAAAUGCCAAAAACUUCAAAUUUUGUCAUUGUCUUUCAAUGAGUUUAUUGGAAUUGUACCAAGAGAGCUGGCAAACUUAACAGCUCUUACACAAUUAUAUCUCGGAGUUCUGCAUUUGGAAGGAGAGAUACCAAUGGAGCUAGGUAAUCUUAAGAAACUUCAGGUAUUGGAUUUAUCACAUAAUGAGCUAACUGGCUCUAUCCCUGACAGCAUUUUCAACAUGUCAGCACUGCAGACGAUAAAUUUUGGACUAAACAAGCUUUCAGGUACUCUACCUUCAGAUUUAGGUCGUGGAAUGCCCAACCUAGAAAUAUUUCUUUGUGCAGAAAAUAAUCUAAGUGGUUUUAUCUCUGCUUCAAUCUCAAAUUCCUCAAGACUCACAAAGUUUGAACUCUCAGGAAACAGUUUCACAGGUCCAAUUCCUAAAUCACUUGGUAACUUAGAAUACCUUGAGAUUCUUAACUUGCAGGGGAAUAAUUUUAUCAGCGAUCCAUCAUUGAGCUUCCUUACAUCAUUAACAAACUGUAGGAAACUAAGACUACUCCGGUUUUAUGAGAAUGCAUUGUAUGGGGCUUUAUCACCGUCUGUUGGUAAUUUUUCACACUCGCUGAAUAAUUUUCAAGGAAAUGACUGUAAGCUAAAUGGCGUCAUUCCUCGAGAAAUUGGUAAUCUUACUGGAGUGACAAGGAUUGAUCUGUAUAACAAUGAGUUGACCGGACAUAUUCCAAAAACUGUCCAAGGCAUGUUGAACCUCCAAGAAUUUUAUCUACAUAGUAACGAGAUUAAAGGUACCAUACCAAAUGUUAUAUGCAGUUUAAAGAAUCUUGGUGUAUUAGACUUGUCAGGAAAUCAUUUUUCUGGUUUGCACUUUAGGAGGUCUAGCUGA